AGAAAAAUAAUUCUUGUAUACGUUUCAAACAUUUUUCCUCUAAUUUAAGCAAAAAUAAAUUGUUUUGUUUGUAUGAUAAAUUAUUAUGUGAUCUGCAAGAAACUAGUAACAUCUUCUCCAUGUCUAAAUUUAUUAUUAUUAUUAUUUUAUUUUUUUGUUGGAGGGGGUGGAAUGAAGCUGACACCAUUGGAUUACAAAAAACAUGUCCAACCACAAAACUAUAAAUAGUAAGUAAUUGGAUUAGUGGUACAAACACAUCUCAUUGCUUUGAAGAAACCAUUAUAUAUUCAUUGCAAAUCAUUUCUCCUAAGAACAUCAUAAGUUCUAUUGAACAAAUAAAACACAACAUCAUCAACUGUUCUUCAUUAUGGAAAUAAAACUCUUUUUUUCCGCAGUUCUAUUGGUAUUUUUACCAUUCUUGGCGUAUCACGCCGAAUCUGUCACAGUAUUCGAUAUCUCAAAAUACGGUGCAAAACCCGGCGGUGAAGACAUCAGCCCGGUUCUAGCUAAGGUAUGGAAGGAAGCAUGUGAAGCAACAAAUGCAAGCAAAGUAUUGAUUCCAAAAGGGACAUGGUAUCUUAGCCAAAUUAGAUUGGUCGGCCCGAAUAAGGCGCCAUUGGAGCUUGAAGUACAAGGCACCGUUGAAGCCAAUCCAGAUUACACUAAAUUACCCCAAAAAGAUGGCCAAUGGAUUACUAUCAAUUAUCUCGAUGGCUUCACCAUCUCCGGUGGCGGUGUAUUUGACGGAAAGGGUGAACAAGCAUGGAAGGCAAAUGAUUGCCACAAGAACCCAAACUGCCCCAAACUCCCCAUUGUACGUCUAUCGAUCUUUACAUACAUUACAUCAUCGAUAUAUCUCAAUCUUAUAAGUAUAUUACUAAUACAAAUUAAAUUAUUGAUGCAUGCGUGCGUGCACGUUAUUAUGAUUUCUCAGAACCUUAGCUUGAAUUUCAUCAAGAACGCCAUAAUCAAAGACGUGACCACAAAAGACAGCAAGAAUUUCCACUGCAAUUGCAUAUCGAGCCAAAACGUGACUUUCCAACGGUUCACAAUCAGCGCACCGGGCGAGAGCAUCAACACAGACGGGAUCCACAUCGCCAGAGUAUCGAAUGUCAAAGUACUCGACUCCAAUAUAGGAACAGGAGACGAUUGCAUUUCUAUUGGAGAUGAGACCACUGAUCUCCACAUCGAGAAUGUCAAAUGUGGGCCCGGCCACGGCAUCAGCGUCGGAAGCAUGGGUAAGAAUCCGGCAGAGAAGGACGUCACCGGAAUUACUGUAAAGAAGUGCACAUUCACCGGAACAAGCAACGGGGUGAGGGUAAAGACAUGGCCCUCUGCACCGGCAACCCUAAAAAUAUCGAAUCUGCAUUUCGAAGACUUGACAAUGAACAACGUCAGCUAUCCUGUCGUCAUUGAUCAACAAUACUGCCCAUGGAAUCUGUGCACCAAAGACAAACCAUCGUUGAUCCAAAUCAGCGGAUUGACGGUGAAAAAUGUGAGGGGGACAGCGAACACGAAGGAGGCGUUGUUGUUUUCUUGCAGUUCAAGCAAGCCAUGCCAGAAUGUUCAGAUUAGUGAUAUUGAUCUUAAAUAUGUUAACUCAAUUCCCGCCAAUUUCACCACCGUUUGCGAGAAUGUGAAGCCCACUGUUUCCGGAAAGCAAAUCCCGCCAAUUUGCCCCACCCCUGUUCAGGCUUCUUAAUUCCUUGCAUGGUGUGUACAUGCAUGCAUGCAUGCACAAUUUUGGAUUAAUAUUUUUUUUCUUUUCUUAAAGGAUAUAUAAUGUGGAAUAAGUUAAAGAUAGAGAUGAUGAUGAUAUAUCAGGUAUUAAAUUUAGGAAUUUUUGAAUGUGAGAUCUGUUAGGUAUUAGUAUAGUAUCAAUCAUGCUCGAUCAUUAAGUAAAUCCUUUUUGUAUCGUGGCGUUAUGGAAUAAAAAUAGAAUAUUAUUUUAAUUUAUGUAACAUGAAAUCAUUUUUAAGCUUGCAGACUUGCAGUUUAUUUAUUCAUGGAGUUUGUUAUAUUAAUUUUAUGGACUCAUUCUCCUAUCA